UUUCUGUACCGAGAAGAGAGAACAGUAGUUUAAAGCAACCAAAAGAGCUUCUUUUGAGUUUAGCCUUUUUUGUACAUGAGAAGGAGAAGAAUGGGUGCUCUUUCUCUUAGUGAUCAAAGGUCUCCUUUCGUCGGCAAGGACCAUAAUCAAAAUGCGGUUGUGGUCGACGAGAUCCAAGGGCUCAUAAAGGUUUACAAAGAUGGGCGUGUGGACAGAUCACCCGUCGUCCAAAAUGUUGCAUGCAGUUAUGGACCUGAGGCUGACGUGGCAUCAAGGGAUGUGAAGAUUGAUGGUUUUAAUGGUGUGUGGGCGCGUUUCUAUGUGCCCAAACACCAGGCGAACCUCCCAUUACUCAUUUACUUCCACGGUGGGGGAUUCUGCAUCGGAUCGGCUGCGUGGAGAUGUUACCAUGAAUUCUUGGCUUUGCUCGCCUCCAGAGCUGGGUGCCUGAUAAUGUCUGUAGAUUACCGUCUCGCACCUGAAAACCGUCUGCCGGCUGCCUACGAUGAUGGAUUGACGGCCGUCAAGUGGGUUAGGCAACAGGCACUUAAUGGCUCAGAAGAACAAAGUUGGUGGUGGAGCCGAUGCAACUUCUCCAAGGUCUACCUAGGCGGAGAUAGUGCUGGUGCUUGCGUGGCCCACCAUGUAGCAACCCGGUUAGAACUGCCUGGCGUCUCCCAAGGAACAACUAUUAUAAAGCCAUUCUGCCUCCAAGGUCUCAUUCUAUUACAACCAUUCUUUGGAGGAGAAGCACGAACACCUUCUGAGAGGAACAUGGUUCAGCCCUCAAACUCGGCACUUACUCUAACGACAUCGGACGUCUAUUGGCGGUUGGCCCUACCUGUACGGGCCAAUCGCGACCAUCCAUGGUGCAACCCUUUGGCUAAGGGGUCCACCGAGUUGGAGUAUCUAAAACUUCCCUCGACUUUGGUGUGCAUCGCCGAGAUGGAUAUACUCAAGGAUAGGAACAUGGAAUUCUGUGCGGCGAUGAAGCAGGCCGGAAAGACCGUGGAAUAUGUAGUGUACAGUGGCGUAGGGCAUGCCUUCCAAGUUCUCUAUAACUCUCCAAUGUCACAAGCUCGAACAUAUGACAUGAUAUCACAUAUUAAAUCCUUUAUCAACUGUUAGGCACUCAAAUAUCUGAUUCUAUUCAGUGUAUACGCAUGUUGACCACGAUGAUUUCUUUCCAGUAGUGAAUAUAUAUAUAUAUAUAUAUAUAUAUAUAUAUAUAUAUAUAUAUAUAUGAGAUUUAAUGUAGAAUCUAAAACAUGUGUCCUUAAAUGUAAUAUAUCCAUUGUUUUAAUCUUGUUACAUAUUUAAAUAUGUAGGGUACCAUCAAUAAUCGUAGCUUGCUAUCGUAUGUUUGAAAAAGAGCCCAUUUGUCUAAGGUUGCUUAUUUUGGUACUAGGAGUUUCGUUUGUUAAGG